AUGGCGAACUACAAUCCUUUUGCUCGUCGCGAGACGCAUAAUAUCCAUGCGCUAAAUACCUACCGGGUCCUUGUACCCCUCACAUGGGCGCUGGUCGUCAUCGUUGGAAUUUACUACUCCAUUCACUCGCCAGAUGACACUAAGCACAGCAAGAAGAUCUGGAAGCAGGCCAAGAAGCAUAACACACCCUUUACGCAGAAUAAGACUACGACCGAAAUCUACUGGGUCCUCCUGCUCCUCUCACAGCUUAGCUAUGUGUGGCACCUCUUUCACAAGGAGGCUGCCAUCGUGGCUGCUGCUGCUAAUGUAGCCACCCACUUUAUCCUCAACAACCUAUUCAUUCUCGCCUGGAUCUCGCUCUGGACUCGCAACCACUUCUGGGGUGCCGAGGUUAUUUUGAUGGCCCAUUUCAUCAACCAGGGCAUUGCUUACUGGCGCCACGCGAAACUGCCAGAUUUCGUGCACCUCUCUGCUGUCGCAGGUCCUUAUGCCUGGACCAUUUUCGCACUAUUCUGGAACGGGGCUGUGGCUGUCCACAGCCAUAACCUACCUGGCCGUAUCGUUGCCAAUAUCUUCAUCUGGGCGAUCCUGUUUGUGGGACUGUUCCAUAUCACAGUGCGUGACGAUUAUAUUUUGGGAUACUGCCUCAGCUUCCUCAGUUUGUCGCUGGCGAUUCAGCAAUUCUCGAUCAAGAUCAUUGCUUUGCAAUGGAUCUUUGCCUUUGUGGUCUUCGGCGUUUUCACCGUGGUCUCACUAUAUAUCUCGACUACUAAGUAUACUGGACGCGACUCGCUGUUCCGUCGUGUCGUCCACCCCGAGAGCACCGAUCGCGAGAGACAGCCUUUGCUCAACGAAGGAGUGUAA